AUGUCCACCCAAAACUUCAAAACCCCCCCUCCCAGCGUCCCCAACACCCUCCUCUCCUUCCCAGCCCCGCACGUUCUCCUGGUCACGCUCAACCGCCCUGACCAGCUCAACGCCAUCCCGACGCCUCAACACAAGCGGCUCGCCAAGCUGUGGGACUGGUUCGACGCCGAGCCGACGCUGCGGUGCGCGGUGAUCACGGGUGCUGGACGCGCCUUUUGCGCCGGUGCCGACCUGAAGGAGUGGAAUGAGUUGCAUAGCAAGUUUCAACAGAAGGAGAAGGAUAGACGAGAGUUGGUGGAUGGGGUGGAGCACGGGGGGCAGUACGGGGCUGCUGGGAAGACGAGGGAGGCGUUGCGGGAUGCUGCUGCUGUCCGGGCAGCUGAGGGGAAGAAGGGGGUUGGUGCUGCGGGAGGAGGAAGUGAUGGGUUAAUCACUGGCAUCGGCGGUGGGUACGGGACUGUACCGAACAGGAAGGAAGCACUCCGGAACGCGGAGGGUGUGAAAGCCGGUCAAGAGCCGGAUGCGCCCGCGGAGAAGAUUGCCAAGGAGGGCCGUGCUAGGGACGGCAAGAUGAAGGAUCAGGACCGGCUGAUGACGGGUAUCGGAGGGGGUUAUGGGACCGUGGAUAACAGGCGGCAGGCCAUCUCGAGCGCUGAUCAGCUAACCGAGGAAGCGCAAAAGGGCGACCUCAAUGACGUGGACGACGCCAGAAUCACCACGGGCAUCGGCGGCGGUUACGGCACCGUCGCCUCUCGCAAGGCCGCCGCCGCCGCCCGGCUUGCAAACGACUCUUCCCGCGUCGGCAGCCUCGGCCUCAACGCCGGCUUUGGCGGGCUGUCCAACCGCUCGGGCAAGAAACCCAUCAUUGCUGCUGUCAAUGGUCUGUGCCUGGGCGGCGGCAUGGAGAUGGUCAUCAACUGCGACAUCGUCAUCGCGUCUUCCAACGCGCGGUUCGGGCUGCCCGAGGUCAAAGUGGGUGUUAUUGCCGUUGCCGGCGCGCUGCCCCGUCUGGUGCGCACGGUGGGGAAGCAGAGGGCUGCUGAGAUGGCGCUGCUGGGGAGGAACAGGUACUCGGCGGAGCAGAUGGAGAGGUGGGGGGUUGUUAAUUUCGUUGUUCACGGCGAGAAAGCCUUGGUCGAGGAGGCGGUCAAGCUGGCGGAGGAGAUCUCGAGUAACUCGCCUGAUGCGGUGCUGACGAGUAAGGAAGGGCUGAGACUGGGCUGGGAGGGGUUGGGGCCGGAGAAGGCGACAGCGGUGUUGGAGACGGGCAUGUAUAGGAAGCUGGAGAAGGGGGAGAAUAUGAGAGAGGGCGUGGCGAGCUUUGUGGAGAAGAGGAAGCCUGUCUGGAAGGAUAGUAAGCUGUAG